UUAUAUUUCUUUUAUAAUAUACCUGUACUCUUUAUCAAGCCUUACCUGUCCAUGCAGUAGGCUUUUGUCUGUUCUCAUGAUUUUACCAUACCUUUAACUUGGCUACAAGGAGACUGAAACUUAUCAGGGCCAAAGAGAUCCAGAGACCCAGAAUCUUGAGGGGUCAUAUUCACUUCCGACACAAACUGAAAACUCCAUAGUUGCAAUUCCCUGCUAUAUGGCACUGGCUAGAACUGUUUUUGUCCCUAAACUGGGAAUGAUGAUGAACAUAUAGCCCCAAUAAUCUCUAAUAAACAUUAGAGGUUGAUUUCAACUACCCUUCUUGCUAUUUAUUACAUGGGCUUCCAAUUGGUUCACCACAUUCCUAACUGUCACAUUUUCAUCGCUAUGCUGCUUUAAGCCCAAGAACAACAAAAGUUACAGAAUACUCAGUGCUAUCCUCAAACUUGGCAACAUUCAUCCCACCCUUGGUUUAUUUCUGGCAAUCAAAUAAUUAGGACCAGAGGAUCAUUCUGAGAGCUGGAAGGGACCUAAGAGGUCAUGUAGCUCAACACCCCCAGUCAAUUGGUUAUGGGGGUAUUUUUGUGCUGAAAAUGAAGAAAAGAGGAAACUAGAGAAAAGGGUGGCUACAGAGACUUUAAGAAAACUUCAUCAUGAAACUCAAACAUUUCAGUACAAAAAGCAUAAAAAUAAGGAUUGUAUAUGAAACCAUGACCUUGCUACCUAGUCUGUUUUUUUAAUGUUGUUUAGCAAAGCUAAAAGUUGCCCACUUUAUGACUCUUGCUGAACUUUUGUUUUCUUGCGUUUUUAAUGUUUUAUUGACGAUUCUUUUUCUCUCUGUCUCUCUCGUUAUUAACUACCCAUCCCCAAAAGAGAAUCUCUCCCCAGCAACAAAUAAGAAUACUCAAAGCAAGACAAAUCAGCCCACUGUUCAGUUGAUGAACUUUUCACAAGCCUCGGGAUGUUGUUUCCUCUGAAGGCUGCGUUACUCCCUAACACUGACAACAACAGCCAGUUAUCCUUCUCUGCCAUAGCUUAGAGCUCGGGUGACUCAACUUUCCCAACCUGCCUUCGGAUGCUGGGCACAGAGGGAAGAGCCCAGGAAGCCUCAGCCUCCCUGGCUCCACAGCUGGAGAAGAGGAACGGGGACCAGGGGCGGGGCGGGGGCGAGGCCCCGCCCCCGCGCAGCUCCAGGCCACACCCCUCUCCUCUGGCGGGGGAGCAAGCCCAGAGCCCGAGGCUAGGCCCCGCCCCCGCAGGAAAGGGCGGGACCGCGUCCAGCGUCUGACAGUUGCUGUCACUCCUACUUCUACUCGACUCCCAGCUCUGGAAGGCUAGUGGGACGGGGCUGGAGGCGGGCGAGGGAUGAACGCGUAUUGGGACCAGUGAGCGAGCGCGUCAACGAUGGCCGAGGAAGCCGUCGCCGGCGUCGGGCCGAACGGGCCCCCGCAGACCCAGCGGCGGCGGCGGCGGCGGCUGCUGCUGCUGCUGCUGCUGCGGCCCAGGAGGCGGUGGGGGACCUAUGGCGGCGGCUGUUUCCGGAGCCUCCGCGGGUUGUCUGCCUCCCCGGCGGGUUUCCAAGGGCUGCCCCCUAGCUCGUCUGUAGGCCUCGGCGGCCUGUCGCGCGCCUCCCCGCUGCUGUUCCUCUUCCUCCUGCCCUGCCCUCGGCUCGCGGCGGCGGCGACCCCGCGCCGUCACCUUGGAGACUGGGAGAGCUCGCGCCCGGGACCUCGCGAGACGGCUGGGAGCCGCAGCCGGAGCCGGGCGGAUGAGCUCGAACGCGCGCCUCCUCGCCUGCAGCCGCCGGCCGCGGCCGCCGUCUUGGGGCGGCCCCCCGCGGGCACGGGGCUGAGAGGCGGCGGCGGCCAGUCGCGGUGGUGCAAGUCGUGCCUCGUCCCCAGCGUCGUCGGCCCCCUUCACCCGUGCAGCUUCCCGGCGUUGGCUCCUGCGAGGAGAGAUCUGAGCAUUUCUACUAGGUCACAACAAGAAGCAAAAAAGUUACCUCUUUUCACCUCUUCAGGGAGUAAGAAGCUCUACUUCGACACCCAUGCUGUGGUGCUUCUUCUGGAGGAAAAGGGGUUUACCACUCAACAAGCAGAAAUCAUUGUCUCUUCAUUAGUGAAGAUCAUGAACAACAACAUGGAGGUUGUCAGCCAGGAUAUGGUCACCAAGGUGCAUCAGGAGAUCACUGUACAGCAGAUAAUGUCUCAGAUUGCUGGUGUCAAAAAGGAUAUGAUCAUUUUAGAAAAGAGUGAAUUUUCAACCCUCAGAGCAGAAAAUGAGAAAUUAACACUUGAACUCCACCAGUUAAAACAGCGAAUGUUGGAUGAAAUACUUAAAGUCCGGGCAGAUAAUAAAUUGGAUUUCAAUCUAGAAAAGAGCAGAGUAAAAGAAUUGUAUGCAUUGAAUGAAAGGAAGCUACUUGAAAUGAGAUCGGAAGUAUUAACAUUGCAGGCACAACAACUCCGGGCUCUUACUCAGACAGACAGAAAGAUAGACACUGAAGUUGCUGGCCUGAAAACCAUGCUUGAAUCACACAAGCUUGAUAAUAUUAAAUAUUUAGCAGGUUCUAUAUUUACAUGCCUAACGGUAGCUCUGGGAUUUUAUCGUCUGUGGAUUUAAGUGUCUCCUCAAAAGGACCUAUAUUUGCCUUAAGAAUAUGAGGUUAUUACUUUUCCCUCAUUUCAAAUUUUAACCCUGAUUUGAUUUUAUUUAUGUUAUUUUUUAUGCACAUUAUGAUGUAUAACCAUCUUUAUAGUGUCAGGAAAUCCAUGUUGUGGCUCUUUAUCUUUUUGAUAUCCUUUGAUCUCACUGGCACAUUUGUGAGAAAGAUAUCACUGGCUGAAGUACUGAAGAACCCACUUACCUUGACCAGGGUGAUGAUCACCUUUCAUAUACUUACUCUUUAAGGAAUUUACUAUUAAAAAGUCAUUAAAAAUGACUUUAUGAAUGACAAAGAAGCACAGACUAAUCCAAGACCACAAAAAUUUCUUUCCCUCUUGACCCAAGCUUCUAGCAGCAAAUAGCUCGUGCACUGUGCCAGUAUGCUUUUAUUUCAAUGCAUUUUGUUGAAACUUGGUUUGAUUCCUGUGUUCACUAAACAACUAAAUUAUUGUGGUAUUUGCUGUUUGUGACACCCAGCCAGAAAAUCAUGUUGCCUGAUAAAGUGAGUUGGCAUAGUAAGGAAUCACUUCUUCUACCUCUUGAAGUAUUCUGGGGUUUUCUUUUCUCCCUAUCAAUGGAGUGACUUGGGAACUAAUACUCUGUCAUUUUCUAGUGAUCUUGAAAACUUGCUAGUGACAAACAUGACAGUAUUGUAUUUCAGUUUUGUAUGACAGUCUAUUUCAUCUGGACUUUCAUCUACUUUGUACAAUGGAGAUAUUUGGUCUUGUUUCCAUGGUGACAUAUACAUACCUAUCUCAGUAGAAAUAAAACUGAUCUUUUAAUGAUUUUAUUCUCUUCUGUCUCUAACUCAGUCUUGGGCUCUUAAUCCCAGAGACUCUUCCUACCCAAAUGCCAUCUUAGUGCAGACAUUUCAAAUAUUUUAGUCUGCCUCUUCAUUAAUAAUAAAAAAAAACCCACCUUAAGUUUUGAAAUGUAGUUCUAAUUGCAUCAUUUUCUCAAGGGUAUAUGUAGUUUUUCUUUUUAUAAGAACAUUAAAAACUUUCUGUAUCCAAUUCAGCCAAAGUUCUAGUUUUAGAAAGCAUUUUCUUCUCAUCUCAGUUUUAAUUCUUUGUGUACAGAAAAAGCAUUUUAAUUUCAAGUGAAUUUUUGCAUUAAUGUAACAGUUCAGUACAAGUGCCAUGAUUAGGUUAAAAAAAAGUUAAGACACUUAGUCAAAUUGUUAGAGUAUAAUUAGGAUGGGCUUUCCAGAACAGAACUGGGUUGUAGAAAAAUCCUAAGACACCCCCCCCAAAUAAAUAUGAAAGCUCUAUCUUCUCUCCCCCUCCUCCCCCAAUCUUAGAUUUAUUUGUGGCAUUAGCAACCAAGUGACGCUUGAAUACUCAGUGUUAAAUCUAAUAUUUAAUGUUGCUUUCUUCUGGUUCAGUGAAACAUCUUUAUUUUUUUUUCCCUUUUAGAAAAGACUUUCCAGAAAGGAUUGAUUAUUCAACAAAUGCGGUAGUAAUGAUAGAUUGAGUAAAUCUGGUGUCCCAAGGAGUUUUUGUUUAAAUACUUAAUCAAACAUUCCAUGUUGAUAUUUAAAGUGUAUUAGAACACUGCUGGUUGACAUUCCUCUUACUGAUAAAAGAUGUAUUUUAAGAUCUGCCUUUAUAAUUCAUUUAUUUGGUACUUUACUGUCAAUAUAAGAUAAUUUGCAAGAACUUUUCCAUCCUAACUUGGAACCUUCUUCUUCCAAUAUUUUUUCCUUUCUAUUAGGUGUUUUGCCCCUACAUCUGAGGAUAGGAAGGAUUGGAAUAUGUUAUAUCCAUUAUUUCAUUUUUAAGAACUUUGUAGCCGAAAUGUCCUGCAAAAUCUUUUCUACUGUAGGCUCAGGAAGCUGCAGGCUGUGUAAGUGUACUGCUAUUGAACAGAACAGAACCCUGCCCUACGUAGAAAAAAAAUGGGUUAUCAUAAUUUCAGAGAAUGGGGUAGGGAGGUGGCAGGUAGGGAAUGUACAAUCAUAUUGUAGCACUUCUAAACUGCAGCAUCUGGUCUGUCCACACUAAAAAUCUUGUUCUGAUUAGAUGUUGAAAAUAAACCCCUAGAAAACAGCAGCAUAAAUGGUCUCUAGAAUCAAGGGUACAAUAUAAAACCAAACACUAAAACGGAUAUCAGUUAAAUAGUCAGGUUUUGCUUCUUUUUUGAUACGGGAUGUGUUUGUAGACACUUCAGUCUUUAUUGGGGUGGGGGUGAGGGUGGAAGGGGUACUUUUCCAGUUAUGCCUUUAAAAAUAGAGAUAUAGCCAAGGCAGCCAAAAACUAUUCCUUGCUCUUUUAAUCCUCUGCUAAUGUGUCACCUGUUGGUAUAUUUUAUAGUAUUUCUCCUUUGGAAGCAGUAUUUCAGUUUAAAUUACUAUGUUCUUUUUAUUAUCACAGCUGGGUUUCUACUUUAAUAUAUAGUAAAGGAGUCUGAAUGUAUCCAUUGUUUCCCUCAAGUGUUUUAAAUACCUCUUUUGAGAAACAAGUCAGAGGGGAAGGCUUUUACUGAAACUAAAAGUGUGGUUGGAAUCUGGUAUUGAAGAUUUAAUAAAAGUGAAAUCCUGAAUGCUU